AUGGAGAGUCCCCAGCGAAGCGACGAGAGGGAAGAUCGAUUCCAGCGGAUGACCAAGAAUGACUACCAAAUCCCUUUGUUCCGGGACACAGAUUUCGAUGGACAUCCUACCGAAGGGAGGCUUGUGGUCGCUCAACUGAUGCUGAGCGCAAUUAACAGUUACCGGCUCGCACCGUUUGGCGACUACAGCUUAGUUCGUGACAAUCUGAUCGAUAAACAUCGGCUGCAAGAAUUCAUGUGA